AUGAUGCCCAACAACGCAUUCCACACGCAAACUCACAUGGCGCAGCAACCUCAGCAGCACCCCGGUGGUCCCUAUGCCAUGCAGCAGCCUUCCGUACAUCAGCAUCCCUCCCAGUCACCAAAUCCACAGAUGCAGCACCAACAAAUCCACCCUCCGACCCAUCAACAGCAGCAGCUCCACCAUCAUCAACAGCAACAGGCACAGGCACAGACACAGACACAGCUUCAGCAGCACCACCAACAACAGCAAGGCGUAGUGUACCGCGGUGGUCCCUCUUCCCAACCUGUUCACAUGGUCAAUGCUCAAGCCUCGUCUGCAUAUCACCCUACCAUGCAGCAGCAUCAAGCUCAGAUGGCAAGGAUUGCCCAAGGUGGUCAGCCCCACAUGAUCAACGGUCAACAGCAGCAGCUUCAAAUGCAACAGCACGCUCAGCAAGCUCAACAGCAGCAACCCCAAUCUACAAAUCCACAUCAGUCACCGCAUACCCAACAACAGCAUCAUCAAGUCUUGCUUCGGCAGCAGCAGCAGCAGCAGCAGCAGCAGCAACAGCAGCAGCAACAGCAACAACAACAACAACAACAACAACAACAGCAGCAGAACAAUAUGAGCGCUCCGUCACAGGUCACGCUGCAUUCACAUGUACAUGCCCAGCCAUCUUCGGCGCCUGCAAUGCAUCAACAGCACUCGCAAUCACAGCCCAACACAGCGCAUAACAGUCCUAUGUCCCAUCCGCUCGCUCAGCGUCCAGCUCACCCCACCCCGAUCAAUCACGCCGCACAUCCGAUCCAUAACUCGGCUUCCACCGGUUCUGUACCCCCCCUUGCCGGAUCUUCGGUUGCGAGUCCUCAGGUGAAUGGUCCCAUGCCUCAUCGACAGGCUUCAAUGCCUUUGAAUCACGGACCACCGACGCCCACUCACACCAGACCACCAUCAGCUGCUCCAACACCAUCCCUUCAACCAGCUGCUGCUCCUCCACAAGCUGCUGCCAUCGCACGCCCUACUACCGCCUCACCAACAUCAAAUCAGUUGCCGCCGAAUUUGGCCACGUCCAACCCAAACGCUACUCCAGUUAUGCCAUCUGGUCCCCCAGCCAGCGGCGAGAGCAUUGUUGCAGCUCCAGGUCCCAACCCUCAGCUGCAGUCUCACUUUCCUGCCGGCUCUGGCCUGCUCAGACUUGUGCAAUACUCGGAAGCGCUUGGCUCCGGAAACAACCGUGGUGACAUUGACUAUUGGCGUGCUUUCGUCAAGGACUUCUUUAUCCCCACCGGUCUCUUCCGCCUGAUUCUUUGGAACGCCAACUCGCGCGAGCAAAAGGGUUUCGAGGUACCUACCUCGGUCUUGCCACGAUACCUGCUCACCAGCUACCUCUCUGGCCUUCGCUCAUCACAGUUGCAGCUUGACAAUCCAAGAGAGUACCAGACCGGCUGGCCACCCGUCCAGCCUCUGCCGCCACCUCCAGCAUCUCACAAACACAUCAACAGCCAUCCUUCGCCCAACGUCACACACCACGUCCAGGUGACCAAAGCAAACUACAUUUCCAACUUUGAAAGUGGUUGGCAAGUACACAUGUCGGGACUUUUGCGUGCCUCCUUCAUCCCGUGGGCAACACCGCAGCCGGCUCAAGCUGGCAAGAUGGAUGUUCAGCUGCGUCUUGAGUCGCUCGACUUUACCGUUCAUGGACACUCGGGCUUGAUCCCACGAGUAGCAAUCCAGAAGUCCAAGGUAGAGCAUCCGCUCCCCAACAGCUUGAUUGCCAACAUUCUUAGCACAGCUGAUACCAACACCAAUGCCGGUCCAAACGCCAAAAAGGCCCAGAGGGAAGGCGCUGGUGCUCGCAAGGACGAGUCUGAGGACACAAAACGCGACGAGAAUGGCGAUCCGAUAGUCAAGACCGAAGAAGGUAGUGGCUCUGCUGACGACCAUGUCAAGAGUCAGAGCGGCUACACAGUCGCAGUGGAAAAGACCUUCCUGCCCGAAUACCCUGUCAACGAAUACGGGAUCAGCCUACGUGCCAUGCGCUGCCUGGAGAUCACCGAAAGUGUUUGCCAGCUGAGAGAUCUCAUUGAUCUUAGCAUGCGAGACAAGAUCGGUCCUAUCGACUCUCUUCGCAAGUUUGCUACUCAGUAUCGAGAGAUGCAGGCAGGACGAUCCAUGUCACAGACAGUCUUGACAGACGGCAACGCCAACUUGAAUCCUGCACCAACACAGUUGCAAAUGCCAGGUCGACCAGCAAGUGCACAAGGCGGACCUCCUACCGAGAGCGGCACCACCUCGAAUCACGCCUCACCCAGUGUUGCCAAUGGUGUAUCUGCACUCAAGCGAAAGAGCAAGACUGCACCCAGUCCAAGUCCCAAGUUGGGGCAUACCAACCACCCAGCCAAAAGGCAGCGCUAA